AUGGACAAUCCAGCCCCAGCCGGCCCUCGCCCUCAGGCACCGCUGUACCUCGAGUUCGCGCGGUCCGACGAAGCCACGGGCAUCGAUGGCAAGCCCAUGCUCAAUCGGUAUUCGACCUAUCUAACCCGUGAGCAUGACUUCCCCGCGGCCCAAGCGAUGCUGUAUGCCGCCGGAGUGCCCGACAGGCUAGCCAUGAAGACGGCGCCGCACGUCGGGGUGGCCAGCGUGUGGUGGGAAGGCAAUCCGUGCAACAUGCAUCUGUUGGAUCUGGGCAAGGAGGUCAAAAAGGCCCUGACCGCGCGUGGCAUGCUGGCAUGGCAGUACAACACGAUCGGGGUCAGCGAUGCCAUCACCAUGGGCAACCAGGGCAUGCGGUUCAGCCUGCAGACGCGCGAGAUCAUUGCCGACUCGGUGGAGAGCGUGACCUGCGCCCAGGCCCACGACGCCAACAUCACCAUCCCGGGCUGUGACAAGAAUAUGCCCGGCUGCAUCAUGGGCAUGGCUAGGCACAACCGGCCCAGCCUGAUGAUCUACGGCGGUACCAUCGACAAGGGAUACUCGGAGACCCUGCGCAAGCCCAUCAACGUCGCCACCUGCUACGAGGCCUUCGGCGCUUACACGUUCAACACGCUGCGGCAGCCGGACGACGGAGGCGACACGUCCAAGACCAAGGACGAAAUCAUGGAUGACCUCGAGCGCCAUGCCUGUCCCGGCGCGGGCGCGUGUGGGGGCAUGUACACGGCAAACACCAUGGCCACGGCGAUCGAGUCCAUGGGCCUGUCUCUGCCCGGGUCGAGUUCCACCCCGGCCAGCUCGCCGACGAAAAUGCGGGAGUGCGUCAAAGCGGCCGACGCCAUCAAGGUGUGCCUAGAGCGAGACAUCACGCCCAAAAAGCUGCUGACCAAGAAAUCCUUCGAGAACGCCCUGGUCAUCACCAUGGCGUUGGGUGGCAGCACCAACGCGGUCCUGCACUUUCUCGCCAUGGCCGUCACCGCCGGGGUGGACCUGACCCUGGACGAUUUUCAGCGCGUGAGUGACAAGAUUCCGUUCCUGGCCGACCUGGCUCCUUCCGGGAAAUACUUCAUGGCCGACCUGUACGAGAUCGGGGGCGUGCCGAGCGUGCAGAAACUCCUCAUUGCUGCCGGUCUUCUAGACGGCUCUAUCCCUACGGUGACAGGCAAGACGCUGGCGGAGAACGUGGCCAGCUGGCCCAGCCUUCCGAGCGACCAAGUGAUCAUCAAGAGUCUGGACACGCCGAUCAAGCCGAGCGGCCACAUCCAGAUCCUACGUGGCAAUUUCGCCCCCGCCGGCGCGGUGGCCAAGAUCACCGGCAAAGAGGGCCUCCGGUUUGUAGGCAAAGCCCGGUGUUUCGAAAAGGAGGCCCAGCUAAACAACGCCCUGAAUCGCGGCGAGAUCCCGCGCGGCGAGAACCUCGUGCUGAUCGUCAGGUAUGAAGGCCCCAAGGGCGGGCCCGGCAUGCCCGAGCAACUCAAAGCCAGUGGCGCCAUCAUGGGUGCGGGACUGACCAACAUCGCCCUGGUCACCGACGGCCGGUACUCGGGCGCCUCGCACGGCUUCAUCGUCGGCCACGUCUGCCCGGAGGCUGCGGUAGGCGGGCCCAUUGCCCUGGUCAAGGACGGUGACGAGAUCACCAUCGACGCCGACACCAACACCAUCUCGAUGGACGUCAGUGAUGAGGAGCUUGACAGACGCCGGAAGGCCUGGAAGCCCCCCAAGCCGGUGGUUACCCGAGGUGUUCUGGCCAAGUAUGCCGCCUUGGUCGGCGAUGCCAGUCACGGAGCUGUGACCGACUUGUUCUGA